CCAUCCUGCAGGCCUUCAGGCUGCUCAGAGACGACGACUGGUGGGAGUAAACAGUAGCUAAAAUAGGCUAGGCUAACACAUCUAAGGCCUUUAUUUAUUUACAGGCCUUUAGCUGUGAUAUUGUAGGUUACAUUAACAUAUUGACUUCAGACAGAUGAUAGGCUUUCAGCUAAGAUCAUAGAGUCUAGACAUGAUGACAUAUGUGUGUUAGAAGAAUGUGUUCCUUCAUUGAAGAUAGCCUGCCCUAUGCUAGGGCUAUAUGCUAAAGUCAAGUCUAUGUAUCCUCAUGUUCCUCUGAGUUGAGUGUGUUUUCUCUUUAGGGAGCAGAAGAUCGAGGCCCUGACCUCCAUCAGGUCUCUGUCCCAGCACCACGCUGAGGUGCUGCUGCCCAGGCUGCAUGAUGUGUGUGUGGCCGUCUACCGCGAGGUGAAGAACCUGCGCUCAAUGGUGUCCCGAGUUGCCAUGGUGACGCUGGCCCACCUGCACGCUCACCUGGGGCGAGCUAUGGACGCAGAGGCCGAGGGCACAGCCCAGACGCUGCUGCCUAAAGCUGGAGAGGCCAGCGGCUUCAUCAGGGAGGACAUGGAGCUGGCACUGGGGUACAUGGUGCUCAACGUCACCCCCUCUCGCAGCAUGAACGCCUUCAUCAACACAGGACUCAGGCACCGUAAUGCGGCCGUGAGGAAGACCACUGCUCAGUUCCUGGAGAGACUGGCAGAGGUCAUGGGGGCAUCCCGCGUCCUGUCAGGGAAAAAGGACUUGACUGACCGGUUUAUCCAUUCCAUCAGCUGCCUGGCCAUUGACAGUGCACAGGAAGUCAGGACCCAUGCCCGUAACACCCUGGCAUUCCUGGCUUCACAUCCUAACCUUAUCAAGAUGGUGGACAGGUUCGCCCCUCAGAGAGACCAAGUCACUGUCAAGGACGUUAUCAACAAAUGCCAGAAAAGAAAUUUGCAUUAAAGUAAACAUCCAAGUCAGAAGACUGCAACAAUUGAUUUUGGAUUACAAACAAAUCUUCAAAUGUGGCAUAUGAGGUGCUGAGACCAGGCCUAUGAAAAGCAAAAAGCGCCCAGAUUUAAAUGUGGCCAUAAUCUCCAUCUCGCCGCCGAUCCAAAGAAAGAAGGAAUUCUGGCAGCUGCAAAGGAUCGCCUCCACCAAUACCAAGCUCCUUCUGCCCCAACUAUUUCACUCUCAAGACACUCCACCUCCC